CCAAGCAGGAUAUAGAAUCUCUCUUUGAUGUGGUGCAGAACUCGAGUAGGAUGUAGAAAUCUCUCUUUUGUGGCUUCACGACUCAAGUCCCUGAUGUAGACUUGAUCUCUCUCUCUCUCUCUCUCUCAACUUCAUUUUUUCCCAUGAGUCCACAUCCUUCUUCCUCGCUUUUCUCUUCUUAUUAUAGCGUUGGGCAUGAAAGGGCUAAUGGCUGCCUCUUUGACAUCAACUCCUAAUUAUAUAUUCUCAUGGAGAGAGCAAACGCUCAUUUUCUUACCAUCUCAAAAUGAUGAUACCCUUUUGUUUGAUUACAUUAAUCAGUCAGCAGAGAACUCAGCUUCCUCAUCCUAUUCAGAAUCCUCUAAUGUCAAGAGUGGAGGAUUGGGAUCCAGAAACUUGAAUGCAACCAUAAAUGGGGAUACAGUAUCAGGAGGGCCAUUUAGUCCCUCUCAGAUAAUUGUGCUUCAGCAACAAAUUGCUAUCUUGAGAUGCAUAGAAACAAAGGUCCCGAUACCAUCUGAACUGCUGAUUUCACUCGGAAAAUUGCCUCUACCUAAAAGAUCCUCUACCAUUUCAUCUGAACUUCUCGCUUCGAAAACAUCGGCUGCAGGAUUUUUCCAGCUUGGUUUCAUGAGAUACCCUGAUCCGGAACCUGGUAGAUGUCGACGCACUGAUGGCAAGAAAUGGCGGUGCUCUAGAGUCGCAGUUGCCAAUCACAAGUACUGUGAUAAACACAUAAACAGAGGUCGCCACCGUUCAAGAAAGCUUGUGGAAGGCCAUAACAGUCAUGCUUCGAGAUUGGAGCCAACUGCUGCCCCUUCAUCAUCAGCUUCUUCUGUUUCUGCUUCUGAGAACUUGCAGCUUAUGAUCUCCAGUUUUUCUUCUGCUCAGAUGACUAGGAUGCUAGUGAACGAGAACAUAAAUGAUCACAUGGAUAAUUAUCAAGACCUCUCCCUGCAGUAUCCAGAUAUGAACUCCUCAGACACUUUGAUCCCGAUUUCAACUGAACCUACCCAGUCUGCAAGUUCAUUAUCUCUGCCUCCCUUGCCAGAUUCGUUCCUUGCCUCUGAUUCCUUUUUGGAACAUGAUAGUUUUCUUUCUUGUGAAAUCCAGAGUGAAGUACCAAACGUCCUCAAUAAAAGUUCAUUCGAUGUGGGUUCGAGCAAGGGGCAAGGAUCAAAUGAGAUGAGUUUGGAUCCCAUAGCUUGGGCUGCUUACAAUGGUGGACCUCUGGGAGAGGUUUUGGCUAACCAAAUGAUAUGACAGGUUAUGCGAACUGCUCUUUUACUUCUAAUCCCAGGAUUGAAGAAUAGGGUUCAAGUCCUCAGGCUGGAAGCAAGAACAAGGAGUGAUGAUGGUAAUAGACAAUUUUAGUAUAGGAUUUAACAAACAGGUAUAGUUCUCUAGUUGGCUAUACAUGAUGUUGUUUUUUAUGCUUUGUUUUUAUACUCUCGUGUGUUCUAUGGGCAUCCUGUGUUUGAGCCGACGGCAGUUUCUAGCUAUGAGCAGAUAGGUACAACAAAAUUUUCAAAGAGUAGAUCAUAUAUAUAUAUAUAUUUAUAUUC